AUGAAUCAUGCCGAGCGCUUGCCUACGAGGCAGCUCGCUGUGGGAAUAGAGGCCGGUGACCCCGCGUCCGUGCGGCAGCUCGUCACGCGGCUGGUCUGGCUCGAAGAUGCGGUGCAAUCUCUGCAGAACGAGCUUGCAGAAUUGCGUGCGUCGCAGCCCAAAGUGACUUGCUCUGGCAGCCCAGACGCUGCUGACGACAAGUGCAACGAGAUGAAGGCGGCUGGCGAGGCGUGCGCCGUCGCAAAGCGUGCCGGUUGUGGCCUCACGUCAAUUCGGAAGGCAGGAUACACAGCAACCGAGGCGCGCGCGGCGGGGUUCACCCUUGCAGAAAUGGAGGAUGCGGGCUACGUUGAGGGCCUUAUGGCAGCGGGAUACACAGCACAGGAGGCGAAAGAGGCUGGGUAUUCGAGCAGCGAGGCGAAGAUUGCUGGCUUUGUCAACGGGUUGCAGCAGGCUGGGUAUCAGCUGCCCGACGUCAAGGCGGCGGGCUACACGCUGGAGGAGAUCAGGACGGCGGGCUACUCGUGCGGCGACGCCAAAGAAGUGGGCUACCCUCUGGAGGAGAUCAAGGCGGCGGGCUACGUGGGGGGGCUCAAGGCGGCGGGCUACGCUGUGAACGACGCCAAAGAAGUUGGCUAUACUCUAGAGGAGAUCAGGACGGCUGGCUUCGUGGAGGGGCUCAAGGCGGCGGGCUACUCUGCGAGCGACGCCAAAGAAGCUGGCUAUACGCUGAAGGAGAUCAGGAUGGCUGGCUACUCGUGCAGCGAUGCCAAAGAACUUGGCCACACUCUGCAGGAGAUCAAGCAGGCGGGCUACGUCAAGGGACUGAAGCAGGCGGGCCUAACGUGCGCCGAGGCGAAGCAGGCGGGCUACACGUGCGCCGAGGCGAAGCAGGCGGGCUACACGUGCGCCGAGGCGAAGCAGGCGGGCUACAUGCCACUCGACUGCAAGCGGGCGGGCUUCUCCUUCAAGGAUGCGUGUGCUGCUGGGCUCCGCUGGUCGUAUAUGGACAAUGAAGAUAAAUGGAACAGCUUUGUGAACGGUUUGGAAGCCAUGCCAGUCGACUGGGAAGGAAACAGAGUGUGGUAG